GAGAUUUUUUUUACGCCUUCUCGCCGACUUCCAAAAAAAAGAAAAAGCCUCAUCCAAUUCUCUUUUGCCACCGCCAGCUAUCUGUUUUUUUCAUCUCUUUCCUUCUUCGCCUCUCAGUGCCUUUCUUCUAUCUCCCCGCAGGAAAUAGAGAUCUCGAUCUGAAAGGAGAAAAAGAAUCCAACUCGCCGCUCUCCUUCACGUCUCUCUUCGAAAGAAAUAUAUACACGUAUUUAUCUACUCAAAGAGUCACUUCACCCGAGAGAGAGAUCGCCUUGCAGACCAUGCAGCUCCCCCGCAUCCCGUCCUACGAAGAGGCCAGCAUGGCCGCCGGAGAGUACCCCACCUCGCCGAUGUCCCCGUUCGGUCACCUCAGCAAGAAAAUCGAUCAAACGAAGCUCAAGACGAAGGUGUGCCGGUACUACCUGAUCGGCGCGGCCUGCCCGUUUGGGGAGAGCUGUGCCUUUUCGCACAGCGAGGCCGCCAUGGCCUCCCCGCCCACGCCGGCGUUCCCGACGGCGUCGUCGGCGAAGGGCACCGCGAGCAUCUCCUCGGAGGACCUGUCCAAGUCGGGCAGCGCCAACGCGAGCGACACGCAGUCCAACGGCGACGCGGCGGAGGUGCCGGAGCGGGUGGUGUUUGGGCAGCCGCCGCCGGCCUACGCGGAGGCCAUGAAGGAGGCAGAGGGCUUGGCAGCGGCGGAGGUGGUCGCGGCGCCGCCCACGUACCCGAAGCGCUUCCGCUUUGACCCCUACAGCGCAAACUGGAUCACCUACGAGAAGUCCGCGUAA